AUGAGCAGCAUCAUAUUAUCGACACUCGAUGCACUAGCAAGGCGCAUGUCCACAAUCUUUCUACCGUACUUAUCUUCGAGGUCUCACAAUGUAGGAGGAAGAUUGUUUUCUUCUCCAACAAAAAAUACUCACUACAACAUAGACUAUCACCCUCGGAUAAAAGAAAUUCGACGUCGAGCCGCGAUUGCUCAGCAAGGUCACUAG